AUGGGCAACGGGAUGUGCUCCCGAAAACAGAAGCGGAUUUUCCAGACCCUCCUGCUCUUGACUGUGGUGUUCGGCUUCCUCUACGGGGCGAUGCUCUACUACGAGCUGCAGGGCCAGCUGAGGAAGGCUGAGGCCACGGCGCUCAAGUACCAGCAGCAUCAAGAGUCCCUCUCAGCUCAGUUACAAGUUGUAUAUGAGCACAGGUCAAGAUUAGAAAAGUCAUUACAAAAGGAAAGGCUUGAACAUAAGAAAGCAAAAGAAGAUUUUCUUGUUUAUAAACUAGAAGCACAGGAAACGCUAAAUAAAGGAAGGCAAGACUCAAAUAGUCGAUACAGUGCACUCAGUGUACAACACCAGAUGUUGAAGAGUCAACAUGAAGAACUAAAGAAACAGCAUGCUGACCUUGAGGAAGAUCACCGAAAACAAGGAGAAGAGUUUAGCAGAACAUUCAAUGAUCACAAGGAGAGAUACUUGCAACUGCAGCAGGAAAAAGAGCAGGAGAUCUCUAAGCUGAAGGAAUCCCUGUAUAACUUACGGGAGGAAAACAGACAGUUGAGAAAAGCUCACCAAGACAUUCACACCCAGCUACAAGAUGUCAAGCAACAGCAUAAGAACUUACUCUCCCAACACAACCAGCUUGUAGUGACAUUGGAAGACCACAAGAGUGCACUAGCUGCUGCACAGUCCCAGGUGGAGGAAUACAAACAGUUGAAGGACACGCUCAACAAAAUGCCAAGUUUCCGACAGCCUGAGAAGUUAGAACGACCAAAUGAGCAACCAGAGGUGCGAGCACCAUCUCCCCGCAGUGACCUCCCAAUGCACCAUGAAGCUGUGGCUGAAGAGCAGAAGGAGGUAUAAAGUACUCAUUGGGCUAACGAGGGCCGGCAUGCCAAAGAACUAAAUAUUCAGGAGCAACAAGAAGCUGGAGAGGAUGAUGAGCAACGUGUUGAUCAAGUUGAAGAGGAACGCAAAAAAGAACUUGAAGAGGAAGAAAUGGAGCAGGCAGGUCAGCCUGAGCACUUGGAGGAGGAACAGGAUCAAGUACCAGAAGACCAUGACUGGAAAAAACAGGAACAGAAAGAAGAAGAAACGAACAUGUUGGGUGAUCACUUCCAUUCAGAGGUAUGGAGCUCUUUUCUUCUCUACUAAUUUAUUAGAUUUGCUCCAGCUUAUGAACAACAACUAGAGCAGCAACAGCUUGCAGCCCAAAGAGCAGAGGAAGCCAAUCAGCUACGAGAACAUCAGGAAUUGCUACACCAGCAAAGACUGCGAGGACAGCUAUUACGGCAGCAACAGCUUCAAGAAAAAGAGCUUCAACUGCAGAAACAGGCAGAACAAGGAGAAAAACUCUAUAAAAACCGGCUAAGCCAACAGGCUCAUUAUGAUAACAUGGACCAUGAUAUUGUACAAGGGGAAGAAGAGCAAGGUAUUCAGGAAGAGGAAGGAGCUUAUGAACAUGACAACCACCACCAGGAUGAAGGUGAAGAUGAUGAUCAAAAUAAUCCAAAUGAACAGCAAGAACCAGAACAUCAAGAAGAAAAUCAGCAGGCUGAUGAAUCAAAGGCAGCCAUGGAAGAUGUGAAUCCUGCUGAUGACCCCAACAAUCAGGGAGAAGAUGAAUUUGAGGAAGCUGAGCAAGAGAGAGAAGAAAAUCUACCAGAUGAAAAUGAAAAGCACAAGCAAACCAGUCAGAAACAAGGACAUCCAGGAAUGGAAGAGCACCUAGUGAUGGCAGGAAAUCCUGACCAGCAGGAAGAUAAUGUGGAUGAACAAUACCAGGAAGAAGGAGAAGAGGAGAUCCAGGAAGAUUUGACUGAAGAGAAGAAACGAGAACUGGAACGCAAUGCUGAAGAGCCAUAUGGUGAAAAUGACGAAAAUGCAGAUGAAAAGAGUAACAGAGGAGCAGAUCAAGAAAUGCAAGAAGAGAACAACCAGAAAGUUCAUGAAGAAAAUUAUGAGGAGGAAGAGGAGGAAGAGGAGGAAGGCCGAGCUGUUGCAGCAAAAACUCGUAGACGAGGGGAGAUGUAG